UUCAUCGACCGUCGAUUGGAAUUGAACAAAAGAAUUUUGUCGUGGAAAACCUGAAAUAAAGUAGUCUAAUCUACAUUUUAUAAGGUAAAGUUAGUUGUAAACCGGUUACGUUCUUCAGCUUGCGCAAUAUCACGUCGUUUGAUAGUCUUGGUUAAUUUUUGUGACAGUAUUUUCGUACAAAUUAGUGCCGAAUUAAAGUGACAACCACUUCUCGUCAAUUACUGUGGAUAAAAACGUAGUGAAUCACAACCACAACAAGAAUCUAUUUGUACGCUUCCUGCAUCGCAAUAAGUGCUACAAAAAUGGCAGAACGAGAACCAAUCAGCGGUUCAAGCCGGGACUACGGGGCGACGGCAGCGGUCCCCAGCGUCAGCUUUGCAGACUUCAGCCCCACAGAACUAUACAACCUGAGCGAGGGUAUAGCUGACAAUGUGAACAGCAUCAACAGUGGGCUUAAGUCGCUGGAGAAGAUGAUGAAACAGAUUGGUGGACCCAACGAUAGUGUGCAGUUGAGGGAUAAAAUUCACGAUACACAACAGACUGUAAAUGGUUCAGUGUCGGCGACCGCGCGCGACAUUCAGCGGCUGGGCGUGGUCGUCAGAAGGGGAGACAAGCCACAGAAACUUCAAGUUGAAAGGCUCACACAGGCCUUCACUGAGGCUCUUGCGAAGUACUCUUCUGUGCAGAAGCAAGUUUCUGAAAAGAUGGCAGCACAUAUGCCGAGGCCGCCGCGCGUGCGCAACGACCCACAAGCGAUGGAAGACCAAGCGAUUGCUGAUGAUGAAGAGGCCACGCUCAUUGCUAACCAACAGGCACAGGCGCGUCUAGUCCAGUUCGAGACGAGCAUGUUGCUUGAAAAAGAGGCGUAUAUCAACAAGAUAGAAGCCGAUGUACUGGACGUGAACCAAAUCAUACAGGAACUCGCUGAUAUGGUGAACCAGCAGGCACAGUCUGUCGAUAACGUAGAAAGUAACAUAGAAUCAGCCGGUGCGAACGUGGAAGCCGGCGUCGACGAACUAGCCAAGGCAGCAGAAUACCAACGCAGAUACAGAAGAAAAAUGAUGAUACUUAUCAUCAUCGGCGUCAUCGUUGCAAUCAUAUUAAUCGUAUGGGUCAUCAAAGCGUUCAGAUAGACUGCUUACCCCCCAAAAACCCAGUAUUACCCCAUGAAUUUCAAAAUGGUAAGACCUUAUCUUACACUUGAUGAGAUAUCUAUGUAUCCGAUGUGUGGAGAAAGCAACGAUUGAUAUUGUUUGUAAGUAACCGACAUGGAGGAGAAUAUUUUAAAUGUAUUUAUUUAUUAAAUAUACCAGCUAUGUUGAAAUGUAGCAUUAGACAAAUUGAAGCAAGCAGUAAUUUCGAUUUACAACCGCUAGGAGCGCUAGUGUCGAGUUUGGUCUGUUAUAAAAACUUUUGACUCCAACUGUGAUUAAAUUGCAGGAUCUUAUUCGAUAGUGGUGCUAUCUAGUGUGCACAGAAAUGAUAAUUUAAUUGCCUUAAGCGUUUCAUAUUAUAAAAUAAACAGCAAUAAUAUACCUAACUACGGACUAUUUUAAGAUAAUAAAAUGAUUAAUAAGCCUCUACAUUUUCUGUGCAUACGAUAAUAGUUGACAUUAAUACCUAUAUUGAUAGUUAAAAUUUAACUAAUUACAAAAAAAAACAAUCAAAACCAUUCAAUAAACCACCUAGGCUGUUAAUUGACUAGCUAGUUAAACUAAUUGCCAAUACCCCAUUUGUCUAAUGUUAUAAUAAAUAUUAAAUUCAUAAUUGAGUCAAAAUUCUUGCCUAAAGCAUACCCAAUUCAUUGAAUUGCUUUUUUCUAUUCGAAAUAUUUUUAUUAGACAGGGAUAAAAGAUAGGAUUGACGAUGUGUUAGAGCUACACGAGCUAGUUCUACUGUGAAAAAGAUGGAAAUAUGUGAUGAUAUACGUCUGUCUCUUUCACACUGAUAUGGUAAUCAUAAUAAUAUUGUCAUAAUGCCUGUACUGGCAAUAACAGAAAGAUUAUGGCAACGAUUCUCUUGUUUGCGUUAAACUUAAACACGCAUUUCUUAAUACUGGUAAAAAAAUAAUUUUCUAGAUAAUUAAAUAUUAAUCACAUCUAUGAUAUAAAAAUGAAUUGCUGUUUCUUAGUCUCGCUAAAACUCGAAGGGCUGGACCGAUUUGGUCUUAAAAGAUUUGUGGAAGGCCAAGGUCAGAUAUAAAGUGUUUUAGGCGAUACGCAGUUUGCCGGCUAGAAACUAAAUAUUUAACAAACUUAUCGAUUUUCAAAAUCAUCACUAUUAAUAAUAAUCACUCCAGUCUGUAUUCUGUCUCUUUCCUUUUCUCAAUGUUAAAAAAGGAUAGCUAUACUAAUACGUUCAAGAGAAUCGACGUCAUUUUGAGCAUAGAUCUUUACGAAGUGUCAGUCUACGGGUUAAUUUAAAGAAAAUAUAUAAUAACUGCUGUAUAUAAAGCGUUAUGUAUCGUAAAGUAGUGCCAAUAAGACAAAGUAAACGGGACGUUAUAAACCUUAAUACCGUGCAAUAAAGAUAAUUUUCACUCGUACCAAUAUAACAAAUUAUGUGUAAUCAAAAUUAACGUUUAGUCAAAGUUAUAAGGUACAUUUUUGUGCAAUAUAAAAGUUAUUUAGUUUUGUUGGCAUUACUAUACUGAAUUAUAGUUGAGUUUUAUUAUUAUUAUAUUAAUCGUAGCUAGAAUUUUAUUGUAGGUGUAUUAUUAAACAAUUUUACUUAUAACAUGUUUAAUUUUUUAACAUUCCAAAGUUAUGUAUUGCAUAAACAGACUUUAUUGCAAUUGCGCAAAAAUUUGCGCAUCUAUGGACUUGCGCAUGGAAGUUUGCGCAAACUAAAAUAAUGUAGAAAAAAAAUAGAUUGGUUCAACGAUUUUACAGGUUUUACUGUCAUUCAGGCUUUAUACAUAUAUUAACAAAUAAAAGUGUGUAAUUUUACAAAUAUUCUAUUCAGUAAUUACUUAUGACUAGAUGCAUAGUUUUAAUUUUGCAAGGCAGCAUCAUAUUCAUAUUAUUAUUCUUAAUCAAUAACAUUU